AUGGUCAUGCAGCUUCCCGUUGUCCCGUGGAAAGCUGUGCUUUCUCUGAGUCUGGUUGCCAAUUUCUUUCUCUCGGCGCCUCUGGCUUACGCUGCAUCUCAUUAUGAGAUUCAGCCACCACCGAGCAACGCGGCACGCUCUUCCACGCUUCUCAGAUCACCAAAUCCACCAUCUAAGUUCCAAAUCAGGGCUUCCGAAUCUUUAAUCGACCUCCCAACUCCCCCAGAGGCCAACAGAAUCCCUAUCGGCCUUGACAAUGAUCUCAAAACCCGGUCCGAUACCUCAGAUGAAGACUAUGACAAUCUAUGCUCUUCUAGCUGUGAUGUUUGUGCAACAAACAACCUUCCUGAGCCCCCUGGGUUGAUAAACAAACGAUCCUAUGGUGGUCCUUCCCGCCAGUCGUUUACAUCUAUAUUCCACCGUGCCCUCCCUGAUCCAUCUGGUACAUCGGACUAUGCUAGAUGGCUGUUCGAGGAAUUUAAAGGCGCGACCCUUGUCCCCAAGGGACUGAACAACAAAGCAACUUCAUCAUAUGAAGAAUUCAAUGGCCAAGCCUCCAAAAUGGGAGUCAUCAAUCUCUACGGGUGCACAUCCGUUGUGGUCGUGUCUAAGUACGCGAGUUACGCCUCUCAUAUCUACCAGCCAUGGUUUGUUGGAACUAUUGUCACUCAAGAGGAGUUUCAAGAGGUCGUCCUCGAUUGGCUCAAAAACGAUCCCAAGCUAAACAACCCCUCCUUCACUUCGUCUGAUGCUUCACCAUAUGCGAUUAUCAUCUCACCCGGAAGAACCAAUGGUCGGGAUCCUUUGCCAGGAAUUCGAUACCAAGCACGAGUGGACGACAUUAGCGAAACCCUCAGCAGCUUCUUGCCUCUGACAGGCCCCGCUAAGCAACAGGCUUACAUCAAUGUGAGAAAGCCGGAUAUCUCGGAUGAAUCUCUGAAAAAUGGCUUCUCCUUUCCUCAUGGAAAGGUCCUUAUUGCAUAUGACCCCAAUAGCAAUGAUUCCGAAAGCUGCGACGACAUGAAAAAUGGUGUUGGAGUGUGGACUGGCGACAGCACAGAUCCAAUCUAUACUGUCACUUGGUAG